GCGGGCGGCGGUGGGGCCCCGCUCCCCGCGGCCCCGGCGGCGCCAUGGGGCCGCUGCUGUGGCUGCUGCUGGUGCCGCUGGGCUGCGCGGCGUACGAGGUGUACGUGGAUGCCCGGCGAGCCGAGCGGCCCCUGCGGCACUUUUGGAGGAGCACUGGGUUCUGCCCUCCUUUACCUCACAACCGUGCUGACCUGUUUGACCUGAGCAAAGACCAAGAGCUAAAUCUUGCCUACAUUUCUUCAGUUCCACAUGGCGGCAUUGAACAAGUUCGGAUUCACUGGUUACUGGAAUUAGUUGCUCUUAGAGUGGUGAAUGGCAAACUUAACUACGAUUUUACUGCCUUGGAUAACCUUAUGGAUCGCCUGUGGCAAAAUAAGCUGAUUCCAGGAUUUGAAUUGAUGGGGAAUCCAUCAGGAUAUUUUUUAGAUUUUGAAGAUAAGGAACAUGUAGUACAGUGGAGAAACUUAAUUACUGUUCUGGCCAGGAGAUACAUAGAUAGGUAUGGAUUGGAGCAUGUUGCUAAAUGGAAUUUUGAGACAUGGAAUGAGCCAGACCACCACGACUUUGACAAUGUGUCUAUGACAGUAAAAGGGUUUCUCAACUAUUAUGAUGCUUGUUCAGAAGGAUUAAGAGCAGCCAGUCCUUUUCUAAAAUUUGGAGGGCCUGGGGAUUCCUUCCAUCCCUUACCCAAGUCACCCAUGUGCUGGGGUCUUCUGUGUCAUUGCUACAAUGGGACCAACUUCUUCACAGGGGAGACUGGUGUAAGGCUGGAUUACAUCUCUCUCCAUAAGAAGGGAGAUGGGAAUUCUCUCUACAUCUUGCAACAAGAAAUAGAGGCAGUUCAACAAAUUCAGAAGCUGUUUCCAAGUUUUUCAUCUGUUGCCGUAUAUAACAAUGAAGCAGAUCCAAUGGUUGGAUGGUCCAUUCCACAGCUCUGGCGAGCUGAUGUGACCUAUGCUGCUAUGGUUGUAAAGGUAAUCAUCCAGCACCAAAACCUGCUCAUUUCCAAAGCCAACAACACCAUCAACUACUCGUUACUGAGUAAUGACAAUGCCUUCUUGAGCUACUACCCCCAUUACUUCACCCAGCGGACUCUGACAGCACGUUUUCAGAUGAACAACACAAAGCCACCCCAUGUCCAGAUGGUGCGGAAGCCAGUGCUGACUGCCAUGGGCUUGCUGGCACUGCUAGGAGAAAAGCAGAUUUUUGCAGAAGUGAAGAUCAGAGGAGAUGAAAGCGCUGAAAACAGCACAGUUGGUGUGCUGGCAUCUGUGCACACCCCAAGUGAGACACAGCCCUCAGACAGCUGGCAAGCUACAGUACUGAUGUAUUCAAGUGAGGAUAACAGGACUUCAUCCAACAUCAGCACUGUCAUAGUGAAUGCCACCCACUUCCCCAAACACAGAGAGAUGGUGUAUGUGAUGUAUUACAUGGAUAACAACCAAACCAAUCCCUAUCUGAAGUGGAAGAACUUAGGAAGUCCUGACUUUCCAUCUCCAGAACAGUUCCAGCAAAUAAGGGAUACUGAGGACCCACUGGUAACAGGUCCAUUCCCAUUUCCUGAAGCUGGCAUCCUGACACUGAAGCAAGACUUUCCUGUUCCCUCAGUCUUUCUUAUCCACAUCUGUGCAAGACCCAGAUCAGCUCCUGAUCAAGUAACUGGUGUUCGUUUGAUCCCUCUCACAAAGGGGCAGGUCAUUGUGCUGUGGGAUGACGAAUGUGUAAAGUCAAAGUGUAUAAAGACAUUUGAAGUGGAAUUCUCGUCAGAUGGACAAGUGUACCAGCGGAUUAAUGCCAAAGACACAAUAUUCACUCUCUGGGUCUACAGUCCAGGAAGCUCAGUCUCCGGCUUUUACAGAGUGCGUGCCAUUGACUACUGGGGGAAGGCAGGCCUGUCCUCUCUUCCUGUGGGGUACAUUGAAGCUUUCAAGUGAUGCUGAAGAGUGGUGCCUGGCUUGGUGUCAGAGUGGUGUAUGUUCUUUGCAAAUGACAACUCCCCAGAAAAAUAAACUCCUCCCAGGCUGAGGAGGGCGUAUGGAAAUGACCUGAUGAAGUUAGGAACGCAAGUUAGAAGCAACUGCCCCUGUUAACUCUUUACAGCACAGAAGACAGCAUUAUCAAACAACCACAACUGCCAACACAAUUGGUAAGAGGCUGCCGUAGGACAGGGAUUCAGCCUGGUAACUAGGAAUUAUGGGAAUACAUUUUUAUUAUUCCCCGUUUUUUCACUGCCAGGGCAAGCUAAGAUUUAUAGAGGUCACAAACUGUAGCAGGAACAGAACCAUGGCUUCACUGUGUGAGUGAAGAUGGUAGCAAAGGCACAUGGAGAGCCUGAGUGUGGUGAACUGACUGCCUUAGCUGCCAGCCUGUCUUGACUUAAUGGUUUGAUGGAAAAGUGCACAGCAACAAGACACAUUCAGAGCAUGAAGUAAAAGAUCCCUUAGUUCCUUUGGCUGGUUAGUAACAGUGGGUUAUUUCAGAAUACUUGCCAUGUCUUCAGGGGGAUGAGGUUUUUCACUCUCUCACAGAGGGGUUUCUGCCCAGCUUUCUCAGUAUUUGUGACCAUUACAUGGAUGCCAGAGUUAUUUCCCGUAGGCAGAGGCAGGGGUAUCAGCUCAUUCUCAGAGAGGAGAAGGCACAGAAAGCCCUACCCUCCAGACUUUCCUGCCUUUUCUCUUUUGUUCUUUUGCCAAAGUCACCUGUUUGUGCAUUGGCCAUCAGCUGCUGCCUCUUUGUGGUAGAGGCUCUAACCCUGAAAGUCCCAUUUUCUCUCCACUGCUGUCACCUAGCCUGGUGUUCUUCAGCCCUUACAGCUGACACCUCCCCUCAGAGACUGUAAGUGGUCACUCAGCUCUGCAUGGCCAGGAGAAAGCUGAAACACUAAUUAGAACCUUUUGUGUUUUUGUAUGACAGGACAGCACACUCUUGAAUGUAGCAGGGCUACUACUUAAGACACUUAGGAGAUUAACGAGGAACAGUUUGAGCUCCUGUGCACAAGCGUGUGAUGGCCCUAAAUCAUGGGCAUAUGAUAUGUAUGAUAGCAAAGCAUGUGCACCAGUGUAUGAUGGCCAGUGCAUGGGCUACAGAUCACCACUGGCUGUGCUUGCAGGUGCCAAACACUUUAUGUAAACAGCAAAGUUCCCAGAAAUUGCAGGGGUGCUGCUUUAUUCUUCCCUUUUCACAACUGGCACAGUUUGAGCUGUGCCUUUAACAGGCUUGCAGAGAGAAGGAUAAUGCCAGUGAAAACAGCUGGAGUGUUUUCCAUAAGAGGAGUGACUUGUCACACAAACAAAUCCCCUACUGCUCUCUUUGCUGACAUCAGCCACCUCACCAACAUAACAACAAAAACUGCAUAUUUGAUGAAACAUUCAGGUCUCAGAAAAAAAGAAGUGCCCAAGUUUGCGCAGUAGGAGAGAGCUGAACUACCUCAAAUACCCUCAACUCUUACAGCACAGACAAGAAACAUAUACAAAAAGUCAGUGUGUGUGAAAUGUGACCUUGUAUCUGCUUACUUGCUGGUUACUUGUUCAAGUGCAUUUACUGAAAAAUAGCCUUAAAAGAUUUGCUCUGUCACAGAAUUCAGAUUAAAUGUUUCUUGCCUCAUUUAAGUUUUAAUAAGGGGCACUUAUCACAUCCUAGUCCUCCAAUUCCUUGUCUGUACAGGCAGAACAGAAAAGGGCCAUGGGACCUACUGAAUUGAAAACCCUCAAUUUAAGAAAAGUUACUGAGACAUUCUACUUGGAUGGAGAUGGUAAAAAUACAUUUUAAACUAGUGAUAAUUGCCCCUGACUGAAGAACCAGUGUAUACAGUUAAGUAAAAUCUAGCGAUUAACACACGUUGUUUUGCUAGAAUGAGGUGGAACGACAAAUAAAAUUAUUUAGAGGAAUACAAGUAUAGGGUCUUGAGAGAUUUUAGCGUGUCUGGAGCAGGGGAAGAUGUAGGAGCUUGAGUGGACAGUUCAGUGUGUUAGGAUGUCCUAACCGAGUAGCCCUUCUGCUUUAAAAUUUUCCCACCCUGGCAAUCAUAAUAUAGCAGUUUUUAUCAAACCAAGGACUAUGUACUAGUUACAGGUGUAUAAAAAAAAUAAAAAAAACCCAAAAAAAACACCCCAAAAAAACAUAAAAAAAACAAAAACAAAAAAAAACCAAACAAAAAGAAGAAGAAGAAACAUAGCUGUAGUGAAUAGCAUUGAUUUUGUUAUGCAGGGAUGAAAAUAUAUAGAUGUGCAAACCAUGAAAAAUAGAAGAUUUCUUCUGAAAAUCUUCUUUGCUGCUAUGAUAUAAACUCAUUCCUUUAAGAAAUUAGCAUGUAUUAACAAUUAGAGAGAGAAGAGAAGUUGGUAUUUCCAGGUAUGAGUUUAUUUCUAACAAAUUAUAAAAGUUGUUGAAAUGGCGUUUUCUUUUUUUAUCAUUUGAUAUCUACAGAAAAACGCUAUUUAGUACUUGAAACUUGAGAUUUCUGUAACCAUCUGUUGCUGACUCUGAUAGUGUUUCCAAAAUUGCAUGUUUGACUAAUCUCCACUGUUACAUGUAGUGAUCAGCCCCUCAUUACAGUUUGAGUUUUCAGAAGUUCCAAGUAUCCAUAGCACCGGGUGUGAAUAGCUGGUGCUUAGUAGUUCUGUAGUAUCAUAACCAAAGCAAGGCUGCAGAGCACUCAUGUAUGUCUUUUGCUGUUCAUUAAUCCAAAUAAGAAUAUGUAACUGCAACUGCAACAUGGGAUUAUUUGCCUGCGCUUCAAACAAAAGCUUGUGAGGCUAUAUAAACAUUUUGCAACUGAAAGAACCUUUCAGCUGAGUAUUGUUGAAUUGUGUAUAUGCUACAUUUGUUACCAUCUUUUGUGACAGCAAAUAAAACUGGUUAUUAAUCUUUCACUCGAA